CGAAAUCUCAAUUCUCUCGAUUUCUUAUCCACGACUCUACGACAACCAGUUUCAUCACCUCAACCGCCAAAAUGACGAAGAUCAACAGCUCCCUCCACUCCUCCCGCAGGAAGUCGCGCAAGUCGCACUUCAGCGCCCCAUCCAGUGUUCGCCGCACUAUCAUGAGCGCCCCUCUCAGCAAGGAGCUCCGUGAGAAGUACAACGUUCGCUCGAUCCCAAUCCGCAAGGAUGACGAGGUCACCAUCGUUCGUGGCUCCAACAAGGGUCGUGAGGGAAAGAUCACCACCGUCUACCGUCUCAAGUACAUCGUUCACGUCGAGCGUGUUGUCCGCGAGAAGUCCUCUGGACAAUCCGUCCCGCUCGGCAUCCACCCCUCCAAGGUUGUCAUCACCAAGCUCAAGCUUGACAAGGACCGUGAGGCCAUCCUGGAGCGCAUCAAGACCGGUCGCGAGAUCAAGGAGAAGCUCAAGUCCAAGUCGGAAUAAAUACUGGACUCGAUUAUAAAACAAUAAAGGCAACGUGAAACUCUGGUUAUAUCGGAGCUUGGGAAAUGGUGUUACGGGCAUACUAUAUCGGGCUGAUUCAGCAAUUUUGCGGC